AUGCAGAGGCUGCAGGUCCUGGGGUCAAGCAGGAGAGGACUGAAGGAGAGGACCCACAACACAGCACAGACAUCCAGACUGGCGCAGCGGCUGGAGUGGCGCCCCCUGUAGCCACGGAAGAACUCUCAACUGCUUCCACCCUCCAGUCCAGGACCCGAUGCAGCAUUAAGGAGGCCAGUAGAACGCCCAACGCCAUCCUCAAGUCAGAGACCGUCACAGAAACACAAAGGCUCUUACAGGCAGGAUCUGACCACAGAUCAGACCCAGAGAGACUGGAGCUGGGGACACUGGGCUGUCCUGCUCUCGGCUCAGAAUAUUUACUAGACGGUAACCCAAGCCAGAGGACGGUUCAUUCCCAUCGGGACUCUGGUGAUGUGUUAGAAACUGGUAAUGAUCCGUCAUGUUCUUACACUACAGAGACGGACCCUGACAACAUGCCCUUGGGUUUAGAGACACAGACUGAUCUGUCUAGAGGGGACUGGAACCGGUACAGUAGUAGUGUAUACUCUGAAGGGUGCCAAGAUAAGAAAGGGGAGGUUAUAGUCGUAGAUAAAGUGAAAGUGGAGGGCGACGCUCCUCCCACAUGGAAUGUAGACGAGACUCACUUAGGAGAAGGACACUCACAAGGCAGAGAUUUUUUAGAUUACAGGGAAAGCUUAGAGACAAAUACAAAUAUCACGACCCACUCCCCUUUACACGCACUCAGGGAUCGUGAGCCAGUGUCCACGUCGAUGGGGCCAUCCGAUUCACACGGCCGCAUCCUUUUCCAUCAGGUAUUUAACUCAAACGACCAGACUAGAGCCCAGACUCAGGGAGGGGGAGCCACAUCAGGCAGUAGUAAAGAGAAACGGUUCCUCUGCAUGUUCUGUAGCAAAGGAUUCAGCUGCCCCCAGAAGGUGGAGAUCCACCAGAGGGUCCACACAGGGGUGAAACCCUUUAGCUGUACCCAGUGUCACAUGCGCUUCGCCCAGGCUUGCAACCUGAAGAGGCACCAGAGGGUCCACACAGGGGUGAAACCCUUCAGCUGUACCCAGUGUCACAUGCGCUUCUCCCACUCAUCAAGCCUGAAAAGGCACCAGACGGUCCACACAGGGGAGAAAUCCUACAGUUGCCCCCAGUGUGAGAAGAGGUUUUCCCACCAGCACCAGCUGAAGAUGCACCUGAAGGUCCACAUGGGAGAAAGGCAGUUUGUCUGUACGCAAGAGGUUCUCAGAAUGGAGCCUCCUCAGGAUACACCAGCAGAAAAACCAUUCCACAUAGACCAUAGACAUAGACCAGACAUUGGUAACAUAAGGCAUGCCAAGCAAUUUGAUAAAAUGGAGUAAAUCAGUGAACUUGCAUUUGGUUCGAAAUUGCAUUGGUUUUCCAUAAAUAGCUAUUUAUUCAUUGUGUUUUGUUUGGAGCGCUCCUGUCAAUGUUGAGUAUGGACGCUCACCUGAUUACACAUAGAAGUAGG